AUGUGCCGAAUAUACUACCUCAUAUUAAUUACGAUAACACAUAACUUUAUUUACGUGAACAGUUCGUCUAGCAAUACAGUAAAUGGAAUACCUGAAACUUUCUCAAAUUUAACGUCAGGAAAUGAGUUGUGGUCAAGUCUUGUCAAGGACUGUAUGCCACCGACCUUUAGUUGUAUUAAAAACAAAAUAUAUGAAUAUAUGAAACAUACUUUAGAUUACCAAAAUGAUAUACAGUUUACAAGCUUUCUAAAGUUUCCUAAAAAUUCCGUGAAUUAUAUUAAACCCACACUGUUCGAAGAGAUCGUAAAUGAAACGAAUGAUUCUUCAACAACGCUUGAUGAUAGUACACCCAUAGAAGAGAUGUCAAGGUCGUUAACCGAAAACACUAUAAAAUUCUUCAUGACUCACGAUCUCGAACUGCAACUUCCCGAAAACUUUUUCAUGGGAACCACUGUAAAAAUUUCACCAAAAUCGUUUGAAGAAAAUGGAGCAAUGGUAAAAUUUGAAAUAGUGCCAAAAUCGAUCAAAGAUUCGGUUGGAGAAGGCAGAUUAUUUUUUAAAAGAAUUAGAAAGUUUAUAAGUCAGCGGUUAAUCUAUGCGCUUCUGGCUAUUCUUCUGGUAAUAAAAUUGUUGGCAGUAAAAGUUCUCUUCGUUUUACCCACCAUUGUGGGAGUCGCAGCAGCAAAAAAGUUGCUGCUGAAGGUGCUCCUAUUUCUGUUCCCAGCUUUGCAUCAUCUAUUCAAAUUGUGUGCCUAUGUGCCCUACGGCGCCAAACAUCACAUUCAUAAACAUCAGAUAUCUCAUAUUCAUGAAAUAAGUCAGCAUCCUCACUACCAUGGAUCAAAUCACAAACGUAAAGGAUAUGUCGAAGCUGAUUCAUCACAAGAAACGUCACCAUUACAUCACUUUUCGGACCCACACAGAGAUUAUCAUAAACCACAUGAAAUAGUUGGUCAUGUUCACCCAAAAAUACCUUAUUUCGAAAAAGAUUCUAGAAACAGCGUCAACAGAAAUGAUCUUGACUUGGUACAUAAUGAAAUAGGGGUGUGGAAUCAAAACCAAGGCACAAGACCCAUUAAACAGGCAGAGAGCAGACGACCAUUGACCCCAACGGAAAUAAAGAAUAUGGUAUUAAUGGCUGAGAGAGAGGCAGAGAUAAAACAACAUCUACAAAUGCAAAAACAAAAAAUCCAUGAGGAGAACAUCCGCCUUCAGGAGCAACUAAGUAACGCAUUGAAGAUUCAACAGAAAUUAAAACAGCAAGCUGCAAUGAUGUUUAAUUCUAAAAUAUCACAGAAUGCCAUUCUUCCAACGAUCAAUAAUAGUACAGCACAAUUCAGUCAAUUUUUGCAAAGCCCUCCGGACACGUUUGCAACUUCCAUUUCCACUGGAACGAUUCUUCCUCGCUUAGAUGCAGCUUCCUCCCAAAAAGGUUUGCAAUUAUCGGCGCAAAACCAUCUACAGCAGCAACAAAAGCCCCUACAAAAUAAGAAGCAUGAGCCUUACUACGAUAACUCCAAACUUUAUGGAAACGAUUCCCCUUUUCUGAAAGGAGUUGACAUUUCUAAAGCUGCAACAAUUACGUAUGACCCAUUCUACAGUCCAAUUUUAGAGAAAAUAGAUAAAAUAUUAGAAGUGUUUGGUUUCAAUGAAGAAUCCUGCAAGGAAAGGCUGAUAUGUAGUAUGUACAAAAACCCUCCAAAAUAUAGUCCCCACAGUAACCUUCUUUCAACAGAGCUAAGUAGAGAGACUAAAGACCUUCAAAAACCAACUUCUACUAAUGCAGCGGUAAUUAGAUUUUAUAAAUACGUCCAGGCAGCAAGAGAUGGCCAAGAUCAACGAGACUGUAUGAAACUUUAUCUAGCAUGUAAGACCAAUAUGGAAAUAUAAAAUUAACGAUGUAAUUUUUAAUCCAGCUCAGUUGUAGUAGUUUUUUAAUGAAAUGGUUUGAUUUAAGUUGUU